UGUAGUUUCUGUUCACGUUUAAUUUAUAACUUCGGUAAAACAUAAAACAUUUGAAAAAAGAUAUGGAGUGUUGUAAGCUUUUCAGCUUAAAAGGAUAACUGUGCAAUUUGAGAAUUGUAGCUGUCUAUAUAAAGAUAAAAGCUUAUUUAACACCGAGAAUUUCGGAUUCAGGAAUCUAAAAUAAUAGGGUAGAGUAAUUAAAUUUAAACUAUUUUUGAUAAAACUAGAUAAAUAAAUAUUGAAUUAAUGAAUUAAAAUAUUAAAAUUAGUGAUGAAAACUCUUGUUGCUUUGUUUCUUGUAUUAGCUUUACAAAGAAUUUACGCCUCAGUUAACAUAGAAAAUUGUGGUAUAUCAGAAGUAAAUAUGGAUAUUGCAAGAAUAAUUGGGGGAAGAAAUGCUGUUCUUGGAGAAUUUCCAUGGCAAGUUUCUAUUAAAUUUACAAACAUAUUAAUACCCCUGACUCAUUUAUGUGGAGGUGCUAUCCUGAAUGAUAGAUGGAUAAUUACUGCAGCACAUUGUGUUAAUAAACGAUCAUCAAGGAAUUUUCGAGUUGUAGUUGGUAUCAUCAGUCAAUCAGACGAAACUUCUAUACAAUACAAAGUAGAAAAAAUACGAGUUCACGAAGGAUUUGAUCCUGAGACCUUCCUGAAUGAUAUAGCGUUAAUUCAGCUGAAAAAGCCUCUCCUUCUGAGUAAACAAGUGAACGGCAUCUGCUUACCGCCACUGGAGCAGAACGUGACUGGUUACGCCACUUCUGUUGGAUGGGGAGACACAAUCGAGGAUGGUGAUAUGUCAGAUAUUUUACAAGCAGUGGAGGUCCCUUUGGUUUCAUCUUCUGAAUGUGAGAUUAUUUAUGGAUCAGAUAUUUUUUAUGCCUUAGAAAUGCUAUGUGCCGGAGAACCUAACGGAGGAAUGGACCCUUGUCAGGGGGAUUCUGGAGGUCCAUUGAUUCAACGUCAAAAUGGAAGAGCUAUACUUAUUGGAAUAAUAUCCUGGGGCAUAGGAUGUGCACGUCCUGGUUUGCCUGGAGUGUAUACACGCGUAUCUAACUUUGUAAACUGGAUUGAAAAAAAUGUUCAAUAUUGUAUAGCUAUGAAAACUCAUCAUUCCAGCAUGUUUCUUGGAUACUGCUUAGUAAUACUUAAUUUUUACAUAAAUGCUGCGAAAAGCGAAGGCGAAGAAAACCCAAGUAUGGAAAAAUGUGGGAUCAGUAAAACUUCGGCAUCAGAUAAUAAAAUAGUUGGUGGACGAAAUGCUCUACAAGGAGAAUUUCCCUGGCAGUUAUCUUUUCAAAUGAGAAUAUUACCAAUGCUGAGCAGUUAUGAACACAUUUGUGGGGCUUCUGUAAUCAACAAACACUGGGCAGUAACUGCUGCACACUGUAUAGCAGGGGGAUAUUUUACAACAUAUAGAGUUGCCGCAGGAGUGCACAAUAUUACGACUCGUACUCUUCCAACUAAUCAUAGAGUUAUUCCUAUCGUUCAUGAAGGUUAUAAUCCUAUGACUGGCUUAAAAAAUGAUAUUGCUUUAUUGCGAUUGAUGUCUCCGAUGAAUAUGGAAGAAGCAGAAGGCUUAAUUACUGGAGUAUGCUUGCCAUCAAGAGAUAUGGCAGAUAAUACUACAGGCAUUGGUACAGUGACAGGAUGGGGAACUACAAGCCAGGGUGGAAAGUUAUCUGAAACAUUACAAGCAGUUGAUAUUCCAAUAUUGAAUGAUACAGUUUGUCAAGAGGUGUAUGGUGAUUUAUAUGAAAACACUAUGUUAUGUGCUGGCUAUGAGGAAGGUGGUCGGGAUUCGUGCCAGGGAGAUUCUGGUGGACCAUUUGUUCAAAGAUCAGAAAAUGGAGUUUCAACCUUGAUUGGAAUUGUAUCGUUUGGAAGAGGAUGUGCUCAACCCAAAUAUCCUGGUGUUUAUACUGAAGUUUCUCAUUAUAUGGACUGGAUCGUUAGAACAAUGAAUUCUCUUAACUCUUCUUAGAUUUGAUAGAUCAAGACUGCAACUGUUAUUUAUUAUGAAAAUAUUUUUAAUAAAAAUAUGUAUUGUU